AUGGCUGCUCUCGGAAGAAGACUAUCCAAGCGCCUGAGCUUGUUCUCUACUAGGCGCAGAUCCACCGCUGAGUCUGUGGUAUCAUACUCGAGCUUGUCGACCUCGCUCUCCGAGGUGCCAGCUGAGAACGAUGAGCGCUUCGACAAGGACCUGUGGCUCGCCGCACAGAUUGGCAUGAAGGAUUCGCGCUUGGACCUACCGCGCGGUGGCCUGCCCAAGGCCGACGAGGAGUGGUUCGAUGCGCUGGACGAGGAGACGGCCAACUGGGCGCCCGAAGUCUUCUACCGCGGCCUGGACAUCUCGAUCCGGGACUAUCUGGAGGCCGAGGCCGACCUGGUGGAGAUGCUGCACGACACCGACGCCAACGGCGUGCCGUGGUGCACCAAGGAUUGGACCUACACCGUGACCAUUCAGACCCGCUACAUCCACGAGCGCCUGCGCCGGAGCUUCGACUGGCUGGGCGACGAGGAGGAGUUGCAACGGCGCGGCAUCCCGUCCUGGUUCGUCGAGGACGGGCUGAGCGGGUGGAUGGAGAGCCGUGCCCGCGAGAUGCGCGAAAACCCCGAGUUCUGCAAGUACACCAGGAAGGAGCCGCGGGCCUGGGUCACCCGCACACAGGAGAAGCGCAUCGAUUCCUUCCACGCCGACCUGGACGAGAAGCACCAGGCCCAACAAGGACUCCAGCGUUACCAGGACGUCCCCGACAACCAGCUGGACGAGAAGCACGAGGAGUACUGA